AUGCUCUUCUGCCUCCUUCAUCCAAUGGACCACAACACCGGACCUUUGGCAAGGAAGUCGUCGACGCUUUGUGCUCUGCUGCCGGUAUCCAUCGCUGCGCUCCUAGUGCUUCCAGUUACUGUACAGGCCAACGCUAACGAAGUCGGAGUCGCCAAUCACACCUUGUCGGAUAACGAGGUGACGGUCAAGCCUGGAAGUAUGCAGCUCAAAACGAGUCUUGAAUAUGACGAAUACAAGAAGCAUUUUCCGAGUGUCUGUGAUUUUAAAAUCACUCCCGACAACAUUGAACUUCGAUACAAAGGCGACGUUGGGUGCACUGUGGAACUGCUUACCACCAAAACGAACAUGAUCAAAUUCACGACCGGAAUAGAUUUGACGAAAAGCAGCUGUAAAGUGGAUGACUGCAAGGGUAAACGUGCAAAUUUCGAGGAUGGAUUUUCAAAUCUCAUGCCCUUUGCCUACAGCAGAAACAAUAAGGAUCUCAAAAAUCUCAAUGAUGGUCAGGCCUAUGAGGGGAAUGAGUGUGAUAAGAAAUUCAAGUGCGGCCAUAAGUGCAUGAAUCAGACGUUUCUCGAAGUUUCGUGGUUUAAAUGUGAUGACGAAAUACACGCUCACACCCAUCUAAUUGGUGAAUUUGAGUCGGGUCUGGAUCUAAAAAAGGAUGACAAUAAGAAGGAAUAUAAAUUCGAUCUGGAGAUAUUUGACAAUAGCAGCUUCAGAAUGGAUUUUGAGACAGGAAAAGAACUUCUUUACGAUACGAAAAUAAGUAGCAUUUUUUGCGUUAAAAAAGAAGGAGCAAUUGUCGAACCAAAAACAUGGAAAAUCAAAAAUGGAGAGGGAAACCUGAAGGAUAAACAUCUGCUGGUUUUUCAUCUACUUCCGUCAAAUGCUACACGGUUGCCCAAAGGGAGUGGGUUUGAACCUGGAACUAAACCAAAAUGUCCUCUCUUCAUCCGCUUUAGCAAGCCAGACUAUGAAUUUCUUUAUGUUCCACCACCAACAACAUCUACAGUUACAACAACGACUAAAACAACAGCAGCAGGUACACAGCAAGGAAAUACUACACCACCAACAGCUAAAGUACAGGAAGAAAAGGACACCGAAGAAGGAAGUAAAGUUUGGAUUGUGGUAAUUGUGAUUAUUGUUGUGGUGGUGGUUGUAAUUGGAGUUGGAUUAGCUGUCUGGUAUUACAUGGCAAAAAAACAAAGGGAGCUUGAGAAACAACUGGAAAAGAAAGGAAAAUCGGUAAACUAA